AUGAGCAGCUCUCAAGUGACUAGUCAGACGGGCGAUGCCUCUGACACCGAAACCAAAGCCACCAGCGUUGAGGAUCUCAGUCGCGAGGUGGAUAAAGCCACAGUCACAGACAUCAAAGAGAGCUCCUUGGCCGAGGUUGAUACCUACAAGAACUGCGUGGUGGUUCCUCUGCCUGAGGUCAACAACCAAAAGUCGAGCAAGUACAGCACAUCCGGUAAAGAGAUCGAACUUACCGUAAACGGCUAUGCAAUCCAAAAGCAUCCAACCAAGCCUGUCUAUAUGUAUGAGCUUCAAGUGAUUGCGGAGAUCCAGGCUCAGGAGGACAAGAGACUCCUUCCCACACUCGAUCAGAAGCUCAUGCGAAGAUGCUUCAGAGAAAGCAAGGAACGGCAGAGAUUGCUCCCCGACGCAAUUCACGAUGGGGCACAUAUCGUUUGGUCUUUGCAUAAACUCGAAGCUGGAGGCAUUCGCGAAAAGAUUUCCCUCGACCCACCUUUUCGGCAUUAUGAAGGGCCUAAAAGAAUCGGCGGGCUAGAGGCCAAGAAUCCGCACUCUCGUGAAUUUCUUACACUGCUGUCGGAGGUUCAGUUGCGGGUCAUUCCAAAGCACAUGCUUAUGCUCAAAGUGAUUGAAGAAUGGCUCAACAAGAAAAGAGGAUUCGAUGAGCUGGUCAUCCAAUCAUUCACUUUCCUCGACCAUCUGAUUCGGCAUGGUCCCCAAUCGAGGUUCUUUGAGCACAAGCGCUCAUACUUCUUUGAGAACAUUCAAGACAUGGGUCCGGAGCUUGCAAAAAUCGCCCAUCAGUUCCAUUGUCAGUUGCCACAAUCUGCAACGGUCUAUCGCGGGGCUUUUCAAACCAUUCGAGCUUGUCCGCGGGGACUGAUGCUCAAUCUGGACACUGCGUAUGGCGUAUUCUUUUCGCGAAUUGGCUUGAUGGGAGUGAUGAGAGGACUCCUCAAUAUCUCUCACGUAGACGAUCUUGUCAAGAGAUGCAUGCCUAUCCACAGGCCUCGAAUCAAGACCGAUUUUUAUGAGUCCUCCGGGGAUCAUGUGGAACUGGGAAAGAUGAUCUCAGGGCUCUUGGUCAAUCCCGAAUUCAAGGGAUGUCCCAACCCUAAUCGGGUCUUCAAGAUUCGGAAGUUGCUGCCAUCCAACGCCAGAAAUCACAUGCUUGACAUCAAAGACAGGGCCACCGGGGCAGUCACAAACAUGAGCGUGCAGGAGUACUUUCGAUCGAGAUACAACGUACAGCUCGAAUAUCCAGACAUGCUCCUGGUGGAGAUGCAAGAUCGCGAGGUCGUCUAUCCCCCUGAGCUGCUGACCCUCAAAGGGCUACAACGGUACAACAGAAAGCUCAGUGCUCGAAUGACUGCGCUCAUGAUUAAAUACACUGCUCAAAAGCCGAGAGACAGAGUGGAGCACAUCAAAAGCUGCAAAAGCAUCUUUGCCCAUGAAAAUGAUCCAAAUCUUCGGCUCUACGGCCUGGAGAUUGGGAAAAGCCUGCUGAGGACCAAGGCGCGACUUCUCCCUAGUCCUGAAAUCCAGUUUGGAAACUCACGACACAAUCCCGGCAUCAGUGGCCGGUGGGAUCUCCGGGGCAAAAGGUUUUACAAGCCUCACACGAAGCCCCUGACUUGCUGGGCGAUUGGCUACUAUCCGAAUGAUAGACGUGGCUUUGAUCAGCGACUCAUUGAUGAAUGGCAAAUGAACUUCGUCAAGUCGUUCAAACAGCAUGGCGGUACUGUUCGCAAUCCUCCAGUGUCGCUUCUGAUGACCGACGAUAUUGGAACCUCGGUGACCAAAUUGCACGAUACAGCCAAAAGUGCAUACAACCAACCUCCGCAGCUGAUCAUCAUGAUCACUGGCAGCCAGGAUGUUGCUCAAUAUGCUCGCCUCAAGAAGUCCUGUGACUGUCGCUAUGGGGUGCCUUCCCAGGUCCUCCAAGCUGAAAGAUGUCGCAACGGAGGGAAGCCCCAACUUCAUUCCAAUGUUGCGAUGAAGAUCAAUGCCAAGCUGGGAGGUGUCACGGCACAUGCUCGAUCAGUGUCUGGCGGAGCCGGUCUGGGUCCCAGUUCCAUGAUCAUCGGAGCGGACGUCACCCACCCAAUGAUGGGCGUAUGGACCCCCUCUCUGGCAGCAAUGUCCGUGUCCAAGGACCUGCAAGGAAUUGGCUACUGGGGCGGGCGCGAGGUGAACGGUAUCCGCAAGGAGAUCAUCGCCGAGUCGAAUAUUCGAACGAUCCUUUUGCCUUUCUUUAAGGAAUGGAUCCGGACGGUUGGAAAGAAGAGCCCACCCGCAAUCAUCUACUACUUCCGCGACGGUGUCUCCGAGACAGAGUGCAGUGAAGUCCUCAAGGUCGAAGUGAAAGCGAUCCGUACCACCAUGUCCAAAGCCGCGGGCAAGGAAUGGCAAGGCAAAGUGUGCGUGAUCAUCGCUAACAAGCGUCACCACAUUCGAGCGUUCCCCGCCUCAACAAGGCCUACUGACUCUGAUAAAAACGGCAAUCCUCUUCCCGGCACCUUGAUUGACCGCGAAGUUACUAGCCCUCACGGCUGGGACUUCUUCCUCUACUCACAUAUCGCUCUACAGGGUACCGCUCGCCCGGUUCAUUACACUAUCCUUCUGGACGAAGUCAAGCAUGAACCGAAUCAUUUGGUCAACAUGAUCUACGAGCAAUGUUAUCAAUACGUCCGUUCAACUACUUCUGUCUCCGUGCAUCCGGCAAUCUACUACGCCCACUUGAUCUCGGUCCGCGCUCGUCAUCACGAGAAUGUGACGCUCAAGGGCAAGCCAGCCCAGUACGGACGCGGUGUCAAGGUGAGUCGUGGUAUGCCAGAGGCCAUGCAGGCGAACCCAACAGAGUCCAACCGCGCCCAUAUCCCAUUGCUGCCCAUUGAUGACAGCAAUGACAAUCAUCUGCCUCUGGGCAUGUGGUACGUUUAG